CACGGGCGCAGCCGCCCCCAGCAGCUCUCCACCUUCGCCCUGACGCUCUACAAGCACCGUGCUCGGGUGGACGGGCAGGCGGUCCUCGUGGACUUCUGGGACACAGCUGGACAGGAGAGGUUCCAGAGCAUGCAUGCAUCCUAUUACCAUAAGGCUCAUGCUUGUAUCAUGGUGUUUGAUGUGCAGCGGAAAGUCACCUACAAGAACUUAAACAGCUGGUACAAGGAGCUGAGAGAAUUCCGCCCAGAGAUUCCUUGCAUUGUGGUGGCCAACAAAAUUGAUGCGGAUAUGAAGGUGACCCAGAAAAGCUUCAACUUUGCCCGGAAGUUCAGUUUGCCCUUUUACUUUGUGUCUGCGGCGGAUGGCACCAAUGUAGUGAAGCUCUUCAAUGAUGCUAUCAAACUGGCAGUUGCUUACAAACAGAAUUCAGGAGAUUUCAUGGAUGAGGUCAUGCGAGAACUGGAGAGCUUUGACCUUCAGAACAAGAGUGAGAAUUUGUCGGAUAAAGAGGAGAGCUGCCCUGAAGAGAAGCCCCCAUCUGCCUAAGCCUCGGACCCUGAGUAUGUUUUUCCCUUUGCUCUAGAUUUCUGGGGCUAGUUAGAGCUGGCCUUCGCAGGGGAAAGUGAUUUUUCUCAUGCCCUGAGAGCUCUGGUGAU